UUUGGCCUUUGGGCUUUAACAACUAGAAGCACAGGACAGGGAAAAAACGCAGUGAACAAAGCACAAAGCUUCAUAGGUUGUUGCUUGCACGCAUAGGGCACCAUUCUCUCUUUCGCUUUUAGACAGAAAAAUAGGGGAAAAGAAAAAUCAAAGAAAGAAGCCAGCGUUGUUGCAAAAAACUAAAAGGGCAUGGCCUCAACAGAGAGCUCCAGAUCUUCAACUGCUGGGUCUCCUGAUUCAUACAUAGGCAGCUUGAUAAGCUUGACUUCUAAGUCUGAAAUCAGAUAUGAAGGUGUUCUCUUUAACAUCAACACUGAAGAAUCCAGCAUUGGUUUGAGAAAUGUAAGGUCAUUUGGAACAGAAGGGCGAAAGAAAGAUGGUCCACAAGUUCCAGCAAGUGAUAAAAUUUAUGAGUACAUACUCUUCCGUGGAAGUGAUAUCAAGGACUUGCAGGUUAAAUCUUCUCCACCAGUUCUGACCCCAGCACCUAUACACAAUGAUCCUGCUAUUAUACAGUCUCAUUAUCCCCAGUCAGCUAUUGCAUCCGCAGGCUUGCCUUCUUCUGGUACUGGAUCUAUGCAAGAUCCAGGUUCUCAAACUUCGUCUGUGGGACUUGCCAGGCCAACAUAUCAGGGCAGUCUUCCAUUAUAUCGACCUGGUCCGAGUUUAGGGCCAUGGGUUUCAUCAACUGCUACAACCACAAAUGGCGGGCUUUCCAUGCCAAUGUACUGGCAAGGUUACUAUGGGUCUACAAAUGGUCUUCCCCCACAGCAGCAACCUUUGCUUCAACCCCCACCUGGCUUGUCAAUGCCACCUUCCAUGCUGCAAUCUAUGCAAUAUCCAACCAUUAAUUUGUCGUUACCUACUGCAGCUUCUAACUUGCCAACUUCUCAGUUGUUUGAAAACGCUCGUCCUUUGCUGCCACCCAUUGGUACAGGCCCCCUGAAUUUGCAAUCUUCUGUGCUUGCAGCACAGUCUUCUACAGUAGUUUCAGACUCAUCAGCUAGUUUGCAUCCAGAUAGCGCUUCUGCUUUAACUCUUCCUACUGCAGCUUCAAGUAGUAGCUUGCCAUUGGUAUCUCCAUUGACUGCUGCUUUAGAUAAAAGUGCUGUGAUGUUGUCUCUUUUUGACAAACCUAAGACAGUCUCUGAUCCCAUAAUGCCAUUCAAAGGCAUGUCUGAUUCUGUUUCCUCCACCAUAGGGACAACAACUGCAAUUUUGAAUGAUGGAAUGCUUCCUUCUUUAGUAACCCCAGGCCAGCUUUUACAACCUGGAGUGGUCACAGCAUCUUCGUCUAUAUCUUCACAAAUAUCUCAAAAGGAUGUGGAGGUUGUGCAUGUUUCAUCUCAAGAGUUGACAUCAGCACCUGCAACAGCACCAGUUUCAGGAAAAGCACCGCCACCUGUGUCAGCACAAGCAUCACCACCAUUGUUAGCACAAGCCUCACCACAACUACCAAAAACAGUACAGGAACCAAUAUUGCCUUCACCUUCACCCUCUGAUCAUAAGCUGCAUGGAUCUCCAAUGCACUCUUAUCAUAGUUAUAGAGGAGGACGUGGAAGAGGAAGAGUAAGUGGAAAUGGGAUUUCAAGUUCAGCAACCAGAUUUACAGAAGAAUUUGAUUUCAUGGCAAUGAAUGAGAAAUUUAACAAGGAUGAAGUUUGGGGUCAUCUUGGCAAAAGUAGCCGAGCUCAAGAAGAUGCUGAUGACUUACAAAAUGAAGAUAGUAUUGGAACCUCGAAAGUGGAGGCUAAGCCUGUAUAUGUCAAGGAUGAUUUUUUUGAUUCCUUGUCCUGUGAUUCUCUUGAUGGUGGGUCUCGUGACGGGAGAGCUAGAUUUUCAGAGCAAAUGAAAAGAGAUACGGAGACCUUUGGCGAUUUCCCAAGGCAUCGUGGUGGCGGUAGAGGUGGUGGUGGACGUUUUCAUGGUGGUCGAGCACGUGGUUCAUAUUAUGGAAGAGGCUAUUAUGGUGGUAGGAGGGGUAGGGGAUAUGGCAUGGUAAAUCGUACCACCUAGUUAGCGGCAGCCCAAAUUGAGCACAGUUAGAAGAUCAAACUAUUAGCAGAAAUGUAUGUGAUGUUCCCUUCAAAUUGAAGAUGCUUAUGAUGGCCUUUGAUUGUAUUCCUACAAUGGUUGCUGCUUUAGGAUUUGACUAUUGACCUAUAGAAAUAAGCAAACCCCAGUAGACACAGAAGGAUUUCCAUUGCACUGCUACAUAAGGUUUUCUAUGGAUAAUGAUAGUGUGAGGUCAUUUUAUCUGUUAAACAGUGUUUUUGUUAUUUUGGCAAAUUAACACAGUUCUGUAUUAUGUGAAUUUUAAUUUUAAUUUUAAUUUCAAGGCUUUGUAACUUAUUUUUUUAUUAUUAUUAUUUCAUGAAGAUUUUAGGACAAUUCCC